AUGUAUGUAAUUAGUUUUUUUUUCUUCUCCCUGUAUAUAUAGAGAGCAAUUACAUUACUUUAUUGAGAGGCUUCUUACAUUUCUCUGUCUCUGUUAUAUACAGGAAAAAUUUCCCCUUGUCCAUAAAAGCCAUGGAAAACAGCCCUCAGCAAUCGGCGGCGAAUGCAGCGGCGGCAGCUGCAGCAGCUCAGUCCGCUGGGUAUCCGACUCAGCCACCUUACCACCAUCUCCUUCAGCAACAGCAGCAGCAGUUACAGAUGUUUUGGACCUACCAACGCCAGGAAAUCGAACAGGUUAACGAUUUUAAGAACCAUCAACUUCCCCUUGCCCGAAUCAAGAAGAUCAUGAAAGCUGACGAAGAUGUCCGUAUGAUCUCCGCUGAAGCACCCAUUUUGUUUGCCAAGGCAUGUGAGCUUUUCAUUCUGGAACUCACUAUUCGUUCCUGGCUUCACGCUGAGGAAAACAAGCGACGGACUCUGCAGAAGAAUGACAUCGCUGCGGCGAUUACGCGGACUGACAUUUUCGAUUUCCUUGUUGACAUUGUUCCGAGGGAUGAGAUCAAGGAAGAGGAUGCUGGUCUUGGGCCUGGCAUGGUGGGUUCCACAGCAAGUGGUGUUCCGUACUAUUAUCCACCAAUGGGACAGCCUGCUCCACCUGGGGUGAUGAUGGGAAGGCCUGCUAUGCCUGGGGUUGAUCCUUCAAUGUACGUCCAGCCUCCGCCACCACCAUCGCAGGCGUGGCAGUCCGUUUGGCAGGCUGCUGAGGAUAAUUCUUAUGCUGGUGGAGGCAGCAAUGGACAGGGUAACCUUGAUGGUCAAAGGUAACUUUCCCGUUUCCUUCAGAUCUGGUUAAAAUCCAUGUAUGAUGUUGAUCCACAUGCGUAGUAGCAGAACGGAAGCUAUUAGUUACCAAUGCUACAGGUCCUCUCAAAUGUGAAUGCACCUUAUUACUAUUGUCCACGGAUACUGGAUUAACUGUAAUGACUUGAAUCCUUUAGUCGUUUUGUAAGUAAAAAACUCUUGUGUAGUUUAUCAGAAUGCUUAUGAAGUUCUGGUUUUCAGUGUUAUGAUAAACUUGACCUUGCAUAACAAUUGUGUUGUGCUACUUUAAUCAGUUAUCUUUCUGCCCUUCA